GUCAACCCUCCUCGUUCUCUCUCCACCAUGGCUACCACCACUACCUCGACUUCGACCACCCCGGCUACCGUUUUCCCUCGCAGCCAUGUCGGCUUCGACAGUAUCACCUCUCAGAUUGAAAGGAAACUCCUCAAACGCGGUUUCCAGUUUAAUGUGAUGUGUGUUGGCCAGACGGGUCUUGGAAAAUCUACCCUGAUUAACACUAUUUUUGCUUCGCACUUGAUUGACUCGAAGGGUCGUCUGACUCCUAAUGAACCUGUGCGCUCGACCACGGAAAUUCAGACCGUCUCCCACAUCAUUGAGGAAAACGGCGUACGUCUCAGACUAAACAUUGUUGAUACCCCUGGAUACGGUGAUCAAGUAAACAAUGAUAGAUGUUGGGACCCUAUUGUGAAAUACAUCAAGGACCAACACUCCGCAUACCUCCGAAAGGAGCUUACCGCUCAGCGUGACCGUUAUAUUCAAGAUACCCGUAUUCACUGCUGCUUGUUCUUCAUCCAACCAUCCGGCCAUGCCCUCAAGCCCAUUGAUAUCGUCGUUUUAAAGAAGUUAUCUGAUGUUGUCAAUGUUGUUCCUGUAAUUGCCAAAGCCGAUUCACUUACUCUCGAGGAACGUCAGGCGUUCAAGGAAAGAAUCAAGGAGGAGUUUGCUUUUCACAACCUGAAGAUGUACCCGUAUGAUAACGAGGAGCUUGAUGACGAGGAGCGCGCGGUCAAUGCCCAAAUUAAGGACAUUAUUCCAUUUGCUGUGGUCGGCAGUGAGAGAACAAUAGUUGUCAAUGGCCAACAGGUUCGCGGCCGACAGAACCGCUGGGGUGUGAUCAAUGUGGAGGAUGAGAACCACUGUGAAUUUGUAUACCUGAGAAACUUCCUUACUCGCACUCAUCUGCAGGACCUUAUUGAGACAACAAGCCAGAUCCACUACGAGACCUUCCGUGCUAAGCAACUUCUUGCUCUGAAGGAGAGCAGUGCAGCGGGAGGUCACAGUGGCGGCAGCCGGCCCAUCAGUCCCUCGGCUGACAGGGAGCUCAGCCGUAACUCUCAACGGAUGACCAUGAAUGGCUAUUAA